CCGAUGGAGCCGCCCGUCACGCUCAUCAUCAAGGCGCCCAACCAGAAGUACACCGACCAGGCCGUCAGCUGCUGCCCGGACUGGACCGUGGGCCGCCUCAAGCGCCACCUCGCCCAGGUGUACCCCAGCAAGCCGUCAACAAAGGAUCAGAGGCUGGUAUAUUCUGGCAGAUUGCUUCCUGAUCACCUGCAGCUGAAAGAUAUACUCAGAAAACAAGAUGAGUAUCAUAUGGUUCAUCUAGUAUGUUCUUCGCGGACACCCCCAAGUUCUCCAAAGCCUGACACCAGUAGGGAAGACUCUGGAUCGUCAGCGUCUAGUAACAUCUCGAGUUCAGAACAUUCAGGAUCAACGACUCCUUCAGCGACUCAAGAAACUUUGCAUACAGCUACCAGCAGUAGCUCUGAUGGUUUGAGACAUCGUAACCUUCCGCAAGCCCAAAGCAAUCCAACACAAAGCCAUCCGUUCCCGUAUAUAAUGCAAGGCAACGUGGGCAACCAGUUCCCUGGGCAAGGAGCGCCAGCUGGAUUCCCUGUGUAUCCUGCUUUCAGCCCACUCCAGAUGAUAUGGUGGCAGCAGAUGUAUGCGCGGCAGUACUAUAUGCAAUACCAAGCUGCAGUUUCAGCCCAGGCAGCGCCCAGCUCCGAGUCCGUCGGUCCUUCAGCCCCACAGCCUGCAAAUUCUGAGCGUGCUCCUACCAACGAGCCCCCUGCAGCCCCAAAUGUAGCCGCCCAGGAGAACAGGCCCGUGAAUCAAAAUGUCCAGAUGAAUGCGCAGGGAGGCCCAGUAAUGAACGAGGAGGACUUCAAUCAAGACUGGCUGGACUGGAUGUACAUGGUUUCCAGAGCAGCGAUUCUCCUUAGCAUUGUAUAUUUCUAUUCCUCCUUCAGUCGGUUUGUGAUGGUGAUGGGAGCCAUGUUACUGGUGUGCCUACACCAAGCUGGGUGGUUUCCAUUCAGGCAAGAAGGAAUUCAGCAGCCUGCUGCGAACAACAAUGCAGAGAUGAACCAUGAUGGGCAAAAUGUAAAUAAUGCUGGCCUUGAAGAGAUGGAGCGCCUUAUGGAUGAUGGAAUCGACGAAGAGAGUGGCGAAGAUGGGGUCGAUGGGAACGCAGAGCAGCAUCCGGGAUUUAUGGCUUCUGCUUGGUCCUUCGUCACCACCUUCUUUACAUCCCUCAUUCCUGAAGGGCCGCCUCCGGUGGGCAACUAGGCGAAGGACAAGCGGCGAGCAAUAGAACAGUUGUACUUAAAAGUGGACGUUGACUCUAGUAGUAUUUUAAAUACAGUGCAAUUUCAAAAGGUUUAUUAUGUAAACUCUCUGAUCAUGGUGUAAAGAAAAAAAUGUGU